AUGCACAUUUUAUUAAAAGAAGACCUAGAGAGAGAGGCCCUUGCAGAUAUAGGGCAGAAGCUGCUGCAGGAGAAGAAAAUCGCUGUGGUCACGCUGGCAGGCGGAAGCGGGUCAAGGCUUGGAUAUGACAAGCCCAAGGGAACGUUUGUGCUGGAAACCGCGCGCUCCCCAAGGCUGUCUCUUUUCCAGAGACAGGCAAAGCAGAUCAUUCCGGCAGGCAUGCCAUGGGUCCUUAUGGUGUCAAACGAGACUAUGCACGAGACAAUUGAGCAUCUGCAGAAAAAAGUGCUUUCAGAGCAAGACGAGGUUUUUGUGAUUGUGCAGCAGGACGUGGAGGCCUUGGACCUAAACAACCGAAGCCUGCUUCUUGACGCAAACAACGCCCCAAUAACUGUUCCCAACGGAAAUGGGUGUGUGUUCAAAGCGCUUAGGGCAGGGGCGCACAUAUGUGUCAGAAAAAGCGCAAUAUCACACAAAAACACGUCUAUUGUAGAAAGGCUAUCUGGCGUUAAGUACUUCAACGUUGUGUCGGUGGACAACGUGCUUGUGAAAAUAGGGGAUCCUGUAAUGGCAGGGUACGCACAAACGCACAGCCUGGAGGUGACCAGCGCAGGGAUACCCGAGCCGGAAAACAAAAAAAUGGGCGUCUUUGAGGUUGUGAAAAACAAGAUUGCAGUGAGAGAGUACACAUAUGACAGCUCGGACAGCCAGCCUGUUGUAAAUGCGAAAGGAGCCAAGCUUUCCAACAUUGCAAACCAUCUCAUAAGCAAGGAGUACAUCCAAAGCAUCUCUGUUGAGGACAUCCCGCAGCACGAGGCCAUAAAGAAAAUACCGUGCAAGGCAAACAUGCAUCCAACCGCUCCGAAUGCGAUAAAGCGAGAGCUGUUUAUUUUCGAUGGAUUCCAAUGGGCGCAGAACCAUGGUGUUGUGGAGUACGAGCAGAGCGCGUACGAAGGCCUGAAAAACAAGGAAGGAGACGCGGACAGCGUGAAAACAUGCAUACAGGCACUGGACAUGCAGUGA